AAUUAAACAGCUUCAGCAACGGCUCGUUUAUCAGUUUUUUAGUUGUUUCAACUUUCCCUCCUUGAGCAGAAACAGAAUAACAAGUACCUCUCUCUCUCUCACUGCCUAUACUUAAUUCUAAUCAAUGGCGGAACCCUAUAAUUCAUACGAAGAAAACGCCGACAGAUUUGAGCUAGAUAGAAACGACGUCGACAAUGAGGAGGAACUGCCUAGGGUUUCACGCAACCUCAUUCGACCUUUGAUUAUGGGUGGAAGAAUAAAUAUAAAUGUAGAAGAAGAAGAAGAAGAAGAAGAAGAUGAUGAUUAUGAUGAUUAUGAUGAUGAGGAAGAUGAAGAAGAAGAAAAAGAGAGAAAUAAGCGGAGAAGAGUAGAGCGCGAAAGAGAUAAUAGCUAUAAUAGUAAUGGAGAAGCAGCAGGACAGAGUUCUCAGGGGAACCGAAAUGAAAUCGAGGGACUUUUUUGCCCUAUUUGCAUGGAUGCUUGGACUAGUGAAGGUGACCACCAUAUCUGCUGUCUGCCUUGUGGUCACUUGUUCGGAUUGUCUUGCAUUAGCAAAUGGUUGAAACAAAAUCGAAGUAAGGCUAAGUGUCCCCAAUGCAAUAGGAAGUGUACAUUAAAGGAUGUUAGGAAACUCUUUGCUCCUAGACUUGCUGUGGUUGAUGAAGAAUCUCAGAAGACAAUUCAAUCUCUAGAGGUUAAAUGUGCUGCUCUUGAGAAGAAGGGUGCAGAUUGGUGUAAAAUGGAAUCUGAAUGGCAAAAGAGAGAAGCUGACUUGCAACAUAAAAUUAACCAACUUACACAGAGGACAAAUUAUUUGGAGCAUUUAUUAGGGGAUGUGGAGAGCAGGUCAACUGUAUUAGUCACUGGUAGUAGGAGCUAUCAAGAACACUUUAUACCUGGAAGUAGCAGCUCAAAUUUUUGCAGUCAAGCAUCUUCCAGCAGAGUUGUAUUAGAGAAAGAGUUGCCAGUGGAUGGUGCACGUCUAUUUGAUAUGGAUGCGUUGGGUCAAAUUUUAUUACUUGCUCGAAGGUUCCCUAAGAUUGGGUCACAUGUCCUUACUAAAAUGAACUUGCUACCCCCACAUGAAACUGAAGAUAUUUUGCUUCCUUCUAAUAUGAAAAUUAUAAAGGACCUACACAUUUCUCCUUUUAAUAGAAGUCAUGCGCUUUGUGCUUCCCUGGGCAAGAACUUAUCAGUUCUCAGUAUGGAAAGCAACUGUGUCAUCCUUUCCUGCAAUUUGCCAGCUCCUGCAUGGUCAUGUUCCUGGGAUCUCAACAGCUCACAUUACAUUUAUGCCGGAUUACAGAAUGGCUCGCUUUUGGCAUUUGAUAUACGUCAGACUGGGAGGGAAGUAGAAUCCAGGUUGGGGCUUACAAACAACCCAAUUCAUACCUUGCACUCCCUUCAAGAUAACUCCUCUUCUGGUGCUAGAAGACUGCUGUCUGCUUCCUCCGUUGGUAUAUGCCAGUGGAACUUCGACAAUACUGAAGAAAGGCCUUUUUUGAUUCCUGAAACAGCAAAUCAAGGAGUUUGUAUAUCCGUUGCUUAUUGUCCUAGCACUGACGACAUUGUUGCUACAUAUCGACCUAGAGUUGAAAUAUCUAAUGAGAUGGCUGUUUCUCAGCCGCCGCUCACUCCUUCCCCUGUUAUUGGACAAGGAGUACUGGGUUCUCAUCUUCAUUUGAAGAGAACGGAUGACAAGUAUCAAGAAUUAGGUACUGCAUCUGCCACCAUAAGUAAUAUUCGACUGCCUAAAUCUGUGAUCGUGGACAUGGAGAACCGGAAGCCGCUAUUUGCAGCUGGGGAUGAAGCAUCAUGUGGAUUGAUCUUGCAAGAGUUGCCAUCUUUUUCAUAUGCUCAACGUCUUAAAUCACACAAGCAUCUUAUUUGUGAUGUUAAAUAUAAAAGAACCCUAAGCCUUGGUUUAGUGGGCUGUUUAAGUGAGGACACAUUACAGCUUUUCAGUAGCAAGCUAACGUAAUUAACCAUUGUUUUAUGAUUCUUCUUCUGUUUUCUGUUAGGUGUUUUACUAACUUGUAAAGAUUAAAAAUACAGUUAUUUAAGCAUUCCAAAUUUCAAUGUUCGUAUGUACAAGUAAAGAUGUCCCGCUGGAUGCUGAGGCCAUAUCAUUAAUUUAAAAAAUUUAAACUAAGAGCUCCUCUUAAUAUGAUAAACAUGUUCUUUCACAGUUAAAAAGCAGUAUGGAACUGUGAGACUUGUAAAUUGGAAUGGGAAUUUUAUAAAUAUAUAUUUGAUUCUUUAAUCCUGCCAAUAAAUCAGGCAACAGCCCAUGUCAGGCCAAGAGAAUUUUCCAAUAAUUUGAAUAAAGUAAAGUUACUAUUUUGAUAAUAUAAUAUUUAUAAAAAUAUUUCAUAAUAAUAAAUAAAUAUUUUAAGAAUCGUGAUUGACAAUCUUUGAUGUAAAUUUUUUAAUCACAACAAGAGUUUGUUUUACAUUUCUAAUCUGAUCAUUUUCCAUAUCACUUGGCUUUUUAUAAGAGAAAAUUAAUAUAGGCUUCGACUUUUUCAUACGGCCUUUUUUGAUUCCUGAAACAGCAAGUCAAGGAGUUUGUAUAUCCCGACAUUGUUGCUACAUAUCGCCCGAGAGUUGAAAUAUCUAAUGAGAUGGCUGUUUCUCAGCCACCACUCACUCCUUCCCCUGUAAUUGGACAAGGAGUACUGGGUUCUCAUCUUCAUAUGAAAAUAACGGACGAGAAGUUUCAAGAAUUAGGAACUGCAGCUGCCACUGUAAGUGAUAUUCGACUGCCUAAAUCCGUGAUCAUAGACAUGGAGAACUAGGAGCCGCUAUUUGCAGCUGGGGAUGAAGAAACAUGUGGAUUGAUCCUGCAAGAGUUGCCAUCUUUUAUGUAUGCUCAACUUCUUAAAUCACACAAGCAUCUUAUUUUUUA